UUAAACGCGUUAUAUGUGUAUUGCAAUUUGAUCCCGUAGCGCUCGGUCGGAGAGUAAUUUACGCGAAUUCCUGGGCAUCCGGGUCUCUGCAGGUGGGCCUCCAGGAUUUCUUUUCACGUCUGAUGCCUUCGGUGUCGCAGCAAUUGCUUCACCGUUUCAUUGUUCGCAUAACAUUCAAGACCUGUCACAUCGAACAUUUGAGAAAGACAAUCUUUGCUAAUAUUGUUCUGCUGACUUUAGCUACCUUGUUCAAUCAAGAAAUUAUAGUAAUCACGUUUAUAGGACGUAAAUGUACGUGAGCUUUUAAGAGGUAAUGCAGGGCAUAAUGCCAGUUAAAACAAAAUCUCGUGUUCCUGAAAAUAUGGGCAUCACAGGUGGAUUGGUAGAUGCUAGAGACAAGCAAGUGUUAAAAGAAGCAGUGGAAGCAGUUGUUAACAGCUUUGCUAAACACACUCAAGGCUAUGGACGAGUGAAUGUGGUAGAAGCUUUGCAAGAAUUUUGGCAAAUGAAACAAAGUAGAGGAACUGAGCUAAGAAAUGGAGCAUUAGUUAUUUAUGAAUCUGUACCUGGCACCAGUCCACCAUAUGUGUGUUAUGUAACUCUACCUGGAGGAUCUUGCUUCGGUAGUUUCCAGAAUUGCCCCACUAAAGCAGAAGCUCGUAGGUCAGCAGCAAAAAUUGCUUUGAUGAAUUCUGUUUUUAAUGAACAUCCAGCACGCAAAAUAACAGAUGACUUCAUAGAGAAAGCUGUUGCAGAAGCAAGAGCUAGCUUUGCUAAGCCUUCUGCUUCUUCUAAUAGUGUUGGCAAUCAAACACAGGGAAAUGGAGAUGAAAAAGAAGAUCCAAAUACAGGUAUAGGCGCGUUUCGUUUUAUGUUGGAAUGUAACCGCGGGAGAACGAUGUUAGAAUUUCAAGAGUUAAUGACAGUUUUCCAAUUACUUCAUUGGAAUGGGUCUUUGAAAGCAAUGAGAGAAAGGCAGUGUAGUAGACAGGAAGUAGUUGCUCAUUAUAGCCACCGAGCUUUGGACGAUGAUAUGCGUAGCCAAAUGGCAUUAGAUUGGGUCGCAAGAGAGCACGAAAGUGGCGGCGGCGUUGUUGCUAUGGAAUUAACGUUGGCUGAACGAGAACUCGAAGCGGCACGUUUAGCUGGAAGAGAACUUAGAUUUCCUAAAGAAAAAAAAGAUAUAUUGAUGCUUGCACAUGCUCAAGUAUGUCCUCAGUGAUUUUCACAGAGUGAUCGUGCAAUUUACACGCAAAAGAAGAAUAUGAAACUGGUUUUGCAAAAGCUGGUGUUAGGGGAAUAUAUAUUUUUUAAUGACAUACAAUGUCAAUAUACUGUGAAAUGCUUUAUUGUUGUCUAGCAUUGAGACACAUAAUUAAUUCCGUCCUUUUUAUACAGUACUUUUGGUGAUAAUAGAAUACUAAUGGAAUUAUAAACUUAAUGUAUUUUUAAGAAUACCUUAAGCGCGUGACUGCCAUUAUAAACUGCGGUAAAAUGAUACGUACAGGAUAUGCGGUACAGGAUAAAUCAUUCAAAUCAAAAUUAAUCAUUAAUUGUAUAUAGAUAUAUUUUGAUACAAAAUCUUGUCUUCCGUUAUGAUUUUAUGCAGUUUUUCCUAUAAUCAUAGCAUUACAUAUGUCCAGCACAUAGCGAGAAUGCUUGGUGAUAUACUGCUUGCCUGAGAAAUAAUAUCAAAGAGAUGUGAAUGAUUCUUUUUAUCAAAACAUUAAUUCAUAUGUUUAUCAUUUAUGAAAUCAUUGUUCUACGUUAUAUAUUUACAUGAUAUUUACAAAACAUGGGCACAUUUGCUGUACUUAAAUACAGUUAUAUACAUGAUAUAAAUUGUUUUAAAAAUAUUUUAUUACUAUUUUUUAAAUAUUGA